UAAUUAAUGAACCAAAAAAUCAACCUCCAACCCCUCCUUCGCAUGCUAAAUUUCCUCCAAAAAUCCCUAAUCAAAUUAGAAAACGAGGAAUUAGACGAAUGAGGACAAAUGGCCGAGAAGGAAAAGAAAGCCGCAGUCCUCGUGAAACCUUCCGUUUAGCGGCUCAAUUUGGCUACUUAGAUAAUCCCAAAAUUUGA